UCCUGAAGUCUGUCAUUUCUAAAAGUAACUUGUUUUCUCUGCUUUUAUUUAAUUUAAUGGUGAAAACGUUGUUCUAGUUCAUCGAGUGGUAUAAAAUUGUUUACCAAAUCACUAUCAUUAUUGUAAAAUGUCCUUAGCAGAUGAGCUUUUGGCAGAUUUAGAAGAAAAUGACGAUGUUGAACUGGAAACAGCGAUCGAAAACAAAACUGCAAAUGAUGCAUCUUCGAGCGAAUUUAAAGUACCAUAUCCCGUAAUUCCAAAAGAAGAGGAAAUAAAAAAUGUGUCUAUCAGAGAACUAGCUAAAUUGCGGGAUUCGGAUAGGCUGCAGCGGGUUAUAACUGAAAUUGAACAAAACAUUGGUAGACCUCGAGAUAAGAUUGAAGUAAUGGGUUUAAUGGAGACUGAUCCCGAGUACCAGUUGAUUGUUGAAGCCAAUAACAUUGCUGUGGAGAUUGAUGGGGAAAUUGCUAUUAUUCACAGAUUUGUUCGUGACAAAUACCAGAAACGGUUUCCGGAGCUUGACUCACUCAUUGUCACCCCCCUGGAGUACAUCCGCACUGUAAAAGAGCUGGGGAAUGACCUGGAUAAGUGUAAGAACAAUGAGAUUCUGCAGAGUUUCCUCACUCAAGCCACUAUUAUGAUUGUAUCAGUCACUGCAUCUACUACACAAGGAAAAGUAUUGACUGAAAAAGAGCUAGCGGAAAUUAUCGAGGCAUGUGACAUGGCACAAGAAUUGAACAACUUCAAGUCUAAAAUCUAUGAAUAUGUCGAAAGUAGGAUGACAUUUAUUGCACCAAACAUCACAGCUAUAGUAGGAGCAUCCACAGCAGCUAAGAUCCUCGGUGUGGCCGGAGGUCUAUCCAAGCUGUCCAAAAUGCCCGCAUGUAACGUGCUCACCAUCGGGCAGCAGAAAAAGACAUUGUCCGGGUUCUCCCAGGCUGCUGCUCUGCCUCACACCGGCUUCAUCUAUUUCUCACAAAUUGUUCAGGAUACUACACCUGAGUUGAGAUACAAAGCAGCUAAACUGGUUUCAACUAAGCUGACACUAGCGGCGCGUGUGGACGCGUGCCAUGACAGUACUGACGGCCAUAUUGGAAGGCAACUCCGAGAGGGAAUUGAGAAGAAGUUGGAUAAACUACAAGAACCGCCUCCAGUCAAAUUCGUGAAGCCCCUGCCUAAGCCGAUAGAGCAGAGCCGCAAGAAGCGCGGCGGCAAGCGCGUGCGCAAGAUGAAGGAGCGAUACGCCAUGACCGAGUUCAGGAAAAACGCCAACCGACUCAACUUCGCCGACAUUGAAGACGACGCUUACCAAGAAGACCUGGGCUACACUCGCGGCACCAUCGGCAAGUCAAGCACGGGGCGCGUCCGCCUACCGCAGAUAGAUGAGAAGACCAAGGUCCGCAUCAGCAAGACCUUGCAGAAGAACCUUCAGAAACAACAGCAGUACGGAGGCGCGACUAGUAUCAGGAGACAGGUGUCUGGUACCGCGUCGUCUGUCGCCUUCACGCCUUUGCAGGGCUUGGAGAUCGUGAACCCUCAGGCAGCAGAAACCCGCGUUAAUGAGGCCAACGCGAAGUACUUCUCCAACACGUCUGGAUUCCUCUCCGUAGGCAAAAAGACGACGUGAAAUAAUAAUGAUGGAUUGACUACUUAGGAUAAAUCUGUAUUAAUGUACUGUUAUGAACCAAAUAAGUAAGAAUUGCUGUGUAAAGCUACGCCUCCACGUCAGCGGCAUCGGAGCGUACGGGGAGAGUCGCUGUUUAAAUGUAGGUACGAAUUGGUAUUUAACAAAUGGCGGAGUCUGGCGCAAAUUUGCCUAUCUAGUGAACACAGGGGAAUUAAGUCUGUCUAUUUAAGCGAUCCCGCUUAAAUAAACAAAUUUAAGGGGAGUGGGAGCGGGAUUAUAAAGCAAUAUUGCUAUUAGACAUUGUUGACAUUGCGCACAUACUUUUAAAUGCGCAAACGUCAAAUUGGAAUAUUGCUUUUAAGAUGAUUUGAUUCAAUGUAGCCUUUUUAGAGCCCCAGUUCUAUUAGAGUCAAUACAAAAUAUAAAUCCUUGCGCUCCGAUCCCCCUUAAUAGACACGGCUUUUACGGUAUUAACAAGAAAAUGAUCUAAAUGUGCAGAUGGAUUUCGAAGUUGUAUUUGGACGAUAUUGUGAUUAAAAAUAUGUUAUUAAGUA